CUGCGGUGCUUAGAGUUUUGUUUUAAUUUUUSUAAUUAGUAUAGUUAGAUAAUAUCGCAGURUCCUACGCCCCCUUUAAKUCAACAAUCUUUACUGAUAAACCAGUUGACAUUUAGGACAAUUWURUCGAGAAAUUGAUGGAGAAACUCAGCUUUUUUUCAAACGCGUGUGUAGCCACAUGGGGGGCGCGCUUGCCACUUCUUCGAAUAAUCACCUCAAGAGAAUGUUUAUUGUUMAGAUUCAGCGAAUAAUUCAUGAGUUUACAAUAAAUACUUGAGGCUUUCUGUAACGGGGUAAUUGUACCUCUACAAGGCCAGUAUGCAUGAAAAGAGCGCCGCGCUUGGUUGACUGAUGAGCUGGGUUAGGUAAACCAUUGGCAAUGUCAUCUCAAAAAGUCGUAGAAAACUCCAUAGAGGGCGAGCAUGAGAACUUGGUUCUUGGUCCCGACAUAAGCAGCGAGUUCCCAACGGUUGAGACUAGUAAUAAUAGUGUUCAGAAAUCAAGAAAUCCUGGGCGUACUACAUGUAUAGUCUUGGUCAUUGUGCUAUGUUUUGCUUGCUUGAUAGUCGGGAUUGUUCUACUGGUUACAGCUUUUACAAGAUGCAAAAGUAUGGAACCUAAGACAGYAUCUGUUAAGAGUACAGCUUGCAGUCAUUCCACUGAAGCCCAGCGMGUCAAACUCUUCGAAUURUUUAAGAAGGUCCARAAAAGAUUCUUUGAGCUACACCCUAGUUACAUCGUUGUGGACGAAAACGCAAGCUUAGACAAGAUAAAAAAGAAUUUUCAAGCUUAUGAUUUUUCACCAUCAGCAAUCAAAAUGCGAACUGAUUCCUCUUUUGAACUGUUAAAGGAGCUAAACARCUUAAAUGUUGAUGCAUCGAUGCUUAAACCCCGCGAAAAUAAGCUGCUUUCUCAAAUGAAGUUUUAYCUGAAGCACAGCUUUGGGCAACCGUAUGAUGGAAACUAUUACUCCGGUGCUUGGAUGAUGGGACCAAAUUUCUUCUGCUGGCAUCCAGUUUGCAUUUUAGGUGACUUUGARCUAGCAGCACACCUUCCACUAUUUGCACCCAAGACWAUAGCAGACAUAAAACGACUUCAGAAAUUGUUYYUAAGCUAUAGAAGAUCUAUAGAGCAAUAUAAAGAGAAUUUGAGGUCUGGUGUUAAGGCUGGGAUGGUGCGUUCUGUCGAGGAAUGUAAGACUGGAUUGAACGCGUUUAAGGGUGUUUACAAGCAGAUCGACCUCAAGAAUGGAUCAGGUAUUCUCGACGARAGGUUCGCCUCAGUUGUAUCGCAACCGGUCUUUUACAAAAACCUUCUCAACACUACCAAAGAAGAAUGGUUUGAAAUGACGGGCAAAACAGUCGAACAAUCUAUUCGGGAGUUUCUUGUCAGGAAUGUUGGUCAGCCAAUAAAAGACUUGAUGAGUUACCUUGACAACGAACAUAUGAGCCACUGUGUGCCAAGUAAUGUUUCCAGCGGACUCGCUAAUAGACCCCUAAGUYAUAUAUAUGUGAAUGGCCGACCGACAAAACCKUCYACACAGUCCCUCCCCACGGGAGAAAGAAUCUACGGCAAUGAAACAUAUGCWAGCAUCCUGUCAUUUUUUACCACCACCGAUGUCACACCAAAUGAAGUUUAUGAAAUGGGAAUGAAAAAAGUUAAAGAGAUUUAUCAACAGAUGGUCACCAUUGCCAAGCAAGUUACAAAAGUCACAGAUACCAAGUCAGCGAUACAGAAGUUCCGCACMCACUUGAAGUCACAGAGCAUGUACUUCAAUGAUGAACCGCUGCCCAAGAAUGAAUCUGGACAGCAGGCUUACAUAAAUUGUAGUACUGUUGAAGGUGCCAUGAAGUACUGUCCUGUGAGAUGGAAGACAUUGCAGAAAUGGUUCAAGACAUCUCAAGAGAUCAUGAGCAUUUUGGAUCCAAAAACAAUCAAUAUGUUCUACUUUACUGGCAAUAAACACACCACRCCAAACUGCCCUGUAAAACUUGUUCCAGAAUUCAACCCAUCAUCUGCAGCUCAGAGUUACCUGGAAAGCGGACCAGUAUGCAGCAAGCCCUGUGAGUACAGCGUGCCAUUCUUUCUAGAUAACAUGGGUCCCAAGUACAGUGAAUGGUCUGUGAAUGCACAUGAAGCCAGACCUGGGCAUCAUACACAGGCCCAAGGUUAUCAAGAACACUUUCAGGACACCUGYGGAGGGGUUAGUGCAUGGCUAAAUCGUGCCACUGGAUUCCUUGCUUUCUCAGAAGGCUGGGGCCUAUAUGCUGAGAACCUGAUUGCUAAAGACACAGACUCCUAUGAUAGACAACCGCUACAACGCUAUGGCUGGCUCAAAUGGCAGAUGUGGAGGUCUCUUCGCCUUGUUGUUGACACAGGACUGCAUUUCAAAGGCAUGAAAAGACAAAAAGCACUGCAACUAUUUGAUGACUAUGCUUGGGAUAACACAGACAUUUCAGUUAAGGAGGUAACUCGAUAUCAAAGUGGUCCUGGACAGGCUACUGCGUACAUGAUUGGCGAGAUGACUAUCUCAAAGCUAAGGCGUGAUGCAGUGUCAAAACUUAAAAAUAAGUUUGACUUGCAAGAUUUUCAUUAUCAGGUGUUAUCUCAAGGCAGUGCACCACUUAGCUUUCUCAUUAGUCACAUUGAUCAUUACGUCAAAUGCAAGAUAAAUGCAACCAUUGACCAGGGGUGUCAAAAUACUGUAAAACCAAUGAGAAGUCAGCAGUCACAUGGCCUCCUUUACCGCACAUUUGGCGACAUCAAAGUAGAUCUGUCACUUGUUUCUUAUAAAAAGAAAAGAUAUGCUUGAGGUGACAAGCAACUCAAAUAGACAACAAAUGUCUAUAAUGUUUUGCAUGAUCCCCAAUAACAAUCUUUUUAUUUACUCUUCAGGUGACAAGCAACUCAAAUAGACAACAAAUGUCUAUAAUGUUUUGCAUGAUAACCAUUUAGACAGCACAUUUAAAUUAUCAAGAGUAGUUUUUGCCAAUUAUAAGCACCUCAUUUURAAAUAUAAUCAAUAAUAUUAUUAUCUUCCGCUUUAUUGCUUGUCUUUUCCAAGCUCUAAGAGACCACAUAGAACAAUGUUUUUAUUAAAUAGCCAACAAGACUAGUUUUAUUAAUACUUACUAGGAUCAUUAAGAAUAUUAGAAUCAUUCUAAUUAAUCUUCUUAUUAGUCAGAAUUGCUGAUCAAUUUAUCAAAUACUAGAUCAUGUAACUAAUUAGGAACAACCAUACAUAUAAUAUAUCAUUUGUAUGUAUUAAGACUAUUAACCAUCUCAGCUUGGAUGUUCUCCCGGUUUAUAAUACGAAUAACUUGAAAUGGGAAAACAUUGCAGUCAAGCUGUAAUCUAACUACAGCCUUUUUAGGGUUGUGCUAAUGUGUGAUACCUAUUAUAAUAAGCGAUAAUACUAAGUACACAAUAGCAAAUAAUUACAAUGUUUUUAGAAAAGUUUUUAUUGCCUUAUACAAUUACUUAUCCCCAUCUAAGCAUGAUUGUCGAGUGACAAUAAUUUAGAUCAAGUAACAUAAUAAUGACCAUUCAUUUGAAAGUGCUGAAGUAUUAGUUACUGCACAAACCUUCAGAUAAUUACAGCUUUCAACUUCAAUGUAUUAGCUGCAUGAAGGUUUUCCUGAGCUGUCAUUCAUAUGAACUACCAAUCAUUUACUAGCUGGGUGUUUGAUUGACAGCUCAGAAAAGCCCAUAUCUGUCUGAAUGUUUUAAAGCUAUAAAUGUUAUCCAGGGUUUUCAAAGCUAUGAAAAUUUGUGUUAUUUGUAA